AGGGAAUGGAUCAGAAAUACAAAAGAAAUGAAUGCUGGAGUAAGCAUGGGGAUAUAAGGACUGAUAAAUCAGAUGCUGAGCCCAGAAGGGACUAUGUUGUUGUGGAGUAUCAGUGACUAUCCAGCCUUAGGGACCUUAGCUGGUUGUAAAGUGAAAGGAAAACAAGCUUGUAAUGUCUGUGGGAAGGAUACACCAUUUAAGUGGUUGAAGUUUAGUAGAAAACAUGUGUAUUUGAGCAAUAGGAAGCGACUCAGUCCAGGGCAUCAUUACAGGCGUAGAAGAGGCUGGUUUGACAACACUAUAGAGGAAGGGACACCAAGUAGAAUUCAGACAGGAGAAGAAAUAUUUGAAAUACUCAAAGAUUUCAGAAAUGAUUUUGGGAGACCUUUGGAGAGAAAGAGUAAAAGGAAAAGAACAGACUUGGAAGAAGAUGAUAUGGUUUCUCAAGAUGAGUAUGAUGAAGACACUGAUCAAUGGAGAUGGAAGAAACUCUCUAUUCUUUUUCAAUUACCUUAUUGGAAGGAUGGCUUGAAAGCACGCAAAGAUUUGGAAGAUAUGGGGAUUCGUAGUAACUUGCAUACACAGUUAAGAGGAAAGAGGACAUACUUACCUCCUGCUGCUUAUUGGUUGUCUAAGGAAGAGAAAAGGAGAUUCUGUAGUAGGCUAGCCAGGUUUAGAGGGCCUGAUGGAUAUUGUGCCAAUAUCUCAAAUUGUGUAUCUGUUGAUCCACCAGUCAUUGGUGGAUUGAAGUCUCAUGACCAUCAUGUGCUUCUUCAAAACUUGUUACCUGUUGCUUUGAGAGGGUUGCUUCCUAAAGGACCUAGAGUUGCUAUAAGUAGAUUAUGCAACUACUUCAGCAGGUUGUGUCAGCGUGUUAUUGACCCUGAGAAGCUAAUCACAUUGGAGUCUGAAUUAGUUGAGACACUGUACAUGAAAACUCUAAAGGCUUAUGUGAAAAACUUUGCAAGGCCCGAAGCAUGUAUGGCUGAGGGAUACUUAGCUGGAGAGUGUAUGGCCUUUUGCUUGGAGUUUCUACAGAAUUCCUUAUCAUUACCAGAAGCAGUCAACCGCAAUGAAGAUGUUGAGAGUAAUUCACUGAUCCUUGAGGGCAGGACACUGCAGAAAGCUACUCAAGUGACACUUACUAGUAAAGAGAGAGAAAUAGCUCAUAGAUAUGUUCUGAUGAACAUGGCUGUUAUGGAUCCAUACAUUAACUUGCAUUUAGAGGAACUGCAAGCUACUGAUGCCAGAUGUAUGAGCAAUGAAACUCUACUAUGGAAGAUGCAUGCAGAUCAGUUCUUAGAGUGGAUAAAGGAGAAGAUCCCUACAAACUCAACAGAGCAUUCAACGCAACUGAGAUGGUUGGCCUUUGGACCAAGACAUAUUGCCCAGACAUACAAGGGGUUUGUCAUUAAUGGACAUAGAUUUCAUACAGAUGACAUGAAAAGGAAAACUCAAAACAGUGGAGUCACAUAUGAAGCAUUCUCAAUGUGUAGAUCCAGUGCCAAGGAUACUAGACUACAGGCUGAUAUAGUUACAUACUUUGGAGUAAUAAAGGAGAUCAUUCUGUUGGACUAUCAUAUGUUUCAGGUCCCUAUAUUCAAGUGUCAUUGGGCAAACAAAGGGAAUGGAGUGAAAGAAGAAGAUGGAUUCACUCUUGUGAAUCUUCAUUUGAACCAAUCUGCAUUUCUUCAGGAUCCAUACAUUCUGGCAGCCCAAGCAAAACAGGUCUUCUAUUCCAGAGAAGAUGACUCUUCACCUUGGUAUGUAGUAAUGAAGGCGCCACCAAGAGGAUACCAUGAGUUGGAGACAGAAGAGGAGUUUGCUGCAGCAACAAUAGUAACCCAGGAUAAUGUAGAAUUAGGGAAUGAGUCUGAUGAUGAGAGUUUCUAUGUUAGGAAUGACUGUGAAGGUAUGUCUCCUAAAGUUAAGAAAACCAUGCCUCGCCGGAGUAAGCGUAAGCAAGGCAUUGAGCUGAGUUCUGAAGUUGGAUUACAAGUGCACAGAAGAAGCAAGAAGAAUGUUACACAGAAGGUUGACAUUGGUGAGCAAGAACAUGAAGAGAAUCUUGCAGAAAAAGUUCACAUUGAGCAGCAGGAGCAUGAGAGUGUUGCACAGGAGCAUGAGAGUGUUGCAGAGGAGACUGUAGCUGAUGUUCUUGGUUCUGACUUGGCUGCAGAGGAGCAGGAAAUUGAUGAACAAGCUGAUGAGGAGGAUACACAACCAAAUGAUGAAGAAGUUCAUCAACCUGUACAUGAAGACAUGGGUCCAGAGGAAGCUGCAGCUGGUGAAGAAGAACAGGUGCAUCAUUCCACUGAAGAAACUCAAACCCAGCAAUCAGUGAGCAAGAAGAGGAAAACAAGAGGACCAACAAGGAUGCGUAAAAUUGCUAAACAACAUGAUGAAAAGGUAGAUGUUGAAUUUACUUCUAUUGGUGAACAUGUAGGGAAUGGAUCUGUGUCACUAUCAUCAUUCCUUGGUCCUCUUGUGAGAGAGCAUGUACCUGUUCUUCUGGAUGAUUGGAGGCACCUAUCUGAUCAGACUAGGGACACAUUAUGGGAAGAAAUACAGGGGAGGUUCAAUUUGACAGAAGAUUGGCAAAAGGAUUGUGUUUUCAAGCAGAUGGGUUGUGUUUGGAGGGCUUCUAAGUCUAAGCUAACUACUAAGGUGCGAGCUGUAAAGAGCAAAGCACAAUUACUUAAGCUAAAACCAAGCAAUAUAGAAUCAGUAAUCGUCUCCUCUCAUCUCGAAACCCUAGCCGUCGAUGUUGUCGCUGAUUCUCCUCGUCGAUUGACAGCUCUGUGUGGUGGACUCGCGUCUGAGAUUGAGAUUUCAGGCUCGGCGUUCUCGGUUUUGAACAGUGAGUGGAGUUUGGGAGCUUGUCGAGGUGGAGUUUGGGAUUUGGAUUACGCUAGCUUGAGAGCUACUGCUGACAAGCUUGGAGCUCUUUUGCUCUAUGAUAUGCCUCACAUCAGUGGUCUCAUUUCUGCUCAGGUAAAUAAAAAGCCUACUCUAAUUUGUAUCGAUUUUGUGUUUCAUGUACCUUUUCCUUUUGUUAGAUCUGGUUUUGUUAUGCGUUCUGAAUGGGUUACGGAUUCCGAAUUAGCAACCAUGGAAGAGACCACCGAUGGAGUGAACAACAUGAACUUGGCCGUUGAUUCCCAGAAGAAAAAUCGGAUUCAGGUUUCAAACACCAAGAAACCAUUGUUCUUCUACGUCAAUCUCGCCAAGAGACAAGACGUUUGGAGUCUUCAACUUCUAGAGAGCUUGAGUGGUUCAAUAGUACCUGUAUCAUCUAGGUGUAAUGCAUACGUUUGCCGGUCAGCUCUCUUUCCUGGGAAUGGAAACGAAGGCCCUAUUCUUAAAUCAACUGCAAUUAAAAUUACACUUGCAGCCAAUGAAGAAAAAGAAGCUGCAGAAGCUCAGGAAAUAAGUGAGAAGUACAGGAAGUUGAGGCAGGCCCAGAUUCCACACACCACCAGUCGCAAAGGGAUGAACCGCCUAGCUCAUGAGAUGAGUUCAAACCCAAAACUGGUGACAAGAAGCAAGGUUUGGGUAGCAGGUCAUACACACUCAGAUGGGAGACCAGUAAGGCCUGAAUUUGCAGAGACUAUUGAAAAAAUUAAAUCGAUUGACAGUGAAAUGGGCUCCUCAUCAACAACAAAUCUCAAAGAAGAUGCUGUUAGUCAAGUUUUAGGAAAAGACAAGCCUGGAAGACUUAGAGGAAUGGGCAGAGGGGUUACUGCAACUAAGUUAGCAUUCAUGUUAGCUAGAGACUCUCAUGUGGAGAAGCUAGAAGCUUCACAAGCUGAUUUACGAAUAAAGCUUGAGGAAUUGCAGGAUGUACUGACUGGCUUAACUGGGAAAAAGGACCAGUGUGAAGAGGUAUCUAAAUCAGAGGCUAGUGAUCAUAGUAAAGGUGUUAGAUGCCAGCUUCUUGAUUGGUGUUCAGAGGAUGAUGUUGUUGUAGGAGAAGGGGAAUUCUGCUCAGCUGAACAAUGGUACAAGAUUGGUCGUAUUCCACUUGGUCGUCAUGCUGUGGCUGUUAUUGUGAAGUCAGUGUCUGAUGAAACAGCCUCUCUAUGGAGACCUACACCAUCUGUAUUCUUACUUGGUGGAGCUUUGGGGACCAAGAUUGCCUGGCCUUUUGAUAAGAUCAUUCUAGACAAUGAUGCAGACUCUCCUAUUGAGAAUAAGACUGCAGGAUCCUCAGCUACAGAUGGAUCUCACACAAAAAUCCUCAUAAUUGAUUGGAAUUUGGCUGACUCUGUGGUUGCUGAGGGAAGAUUGUGUUCAACUGACAAGGACGAAAUGGUCAACAAUAUGCCUCUUGGUCAUUCUGCUGGAAUUGUUAAUGUUGAGAAAGUGUUUAACAAGAACGCAUAUCUGUGGAGACCAAGUCCGGGAAAGUUUUUGAUGAAGGAUGUACUACAUGAGAACAUCGCAUGGCCUCUUCAGAGUAUACAAUUUGUGAAUUCCUCACCAAGGAAUGAAUCAGCAGCAGCAGAUAAAAGACCAUCUCCUCCACUGAGCUUAAGUAACAGCACUGGUAGCACUGGUAGCAAAUCAGUCAAGAAGAAAUGCAUCUUGUUAGAUUGCAAAAACUCCAGGGAAAAAGUAGCAGAAGGAAGAGUAUGUCCAUCUAAUCCAUCUGACACAGUCCAUCAUAUGCCUCUUGGUGCCAAUGCGAGCAAGGUUUGGGUAGAAGUGUCCAAGGUUGGAGAUGCAGCUGUGUGGAGACCAAACUCUGAAAUUCAAACCAUUGCCGAUGCAGUAGUACUUGCUAAGGCAUGAUCAUGAUCCUAUAUAUGUUUGUUCACUGCAAGUGCAACAUCACCCAACCAGCUACUCCGAGAUUCUGUGUAUACUGUUCUCAUGGCAAUCAAUACUAUUUUGUCUUUGCUAGUUUGAAGAGUUUUCCGGUGAAAUAUACAGUUUUCUUGUCUUUCUAACCAGAUAUGCUUCAAUUUGUAAGUCUGAUUCUUGUCUUCGUUUCUAUUAUUAAAUCAAAUAAAUUUUUCCAU